AUGGAGGCAGGACGAGCCUUGAGGGGCUGGUUGCGUAUUGAGGCGCUCAUGAAGCUCUGCUGCUGCCUAGCCCUUCUAGGAGUGACCCAGGGACAGUAUUUCUCAAAGACAACCAACACCAUACCUCGCAUGGGCAGAAGGGAUCUUGACUAUCCUCAGUUGGAGGAACCGAGGAUGGGCCGCACACUGGGCCUGUUGCAGGCAGACCCGGCACGCCCAGCAAUGGUCGACCUGGGGUUUCUCGGUGGAGGCAUGCGGAACAGAGCCAGAGAGAGACCACUCGACGGUUGCCAUGGGAACCGGUGCCGAGCUACUGUGUUGCACGCCCUGCAAGCCAUCGACGAUGUUAACAACGAGCCCUGA